CGCGGGCUGAGGGGGAGGAGGAGGAGGAUGAGGGGGCGCCGCGGCGGCGCUUGUGUUGGUGCUUGUGCUGCUUGUGCUGCAGCCGCGCUCGCCUGAGCGGGCCCCGGGCUCCCUCCCUGCCGGCCUCGCACCGCGCCACCGCCCCCGGGGGCGGGGGGAGUCGCGGCGAGUGGAUGCCCGGCGGGCACCGCCGGGGCACAGACCCGCGGACGCCAUGGGCUGCUGCAGCUCCGCCGCGCAGAGCUCCAAGCGAGAGUGGAAGCCUCUGGAGGACCACAGCUGCACAGAUGUACCAUGGCUGCUCUUAUUCAUCCUCUUCUGCAUAGGAAUGGGUUUUAUUUGUGGCUAUUCAAUAGCUACAGGAGCAGCUGCAAGACUGCUUUCAGGAUAUGACAGUUAUGGAAAUAUUUGUGGACAGAAAAAUGUCAAGGUGGAGGGAAUAGUCAACAGUGGUCUGGACCUUACACACAAGAAGUAUGUAUUCUUCUUGGAUCCAUGCAAUAUCGAUAUAGUACAUCAGAAAAUCAAGUCUCUUGCCUUGUGUGUAUCAGCUUGCCCAAGGAAAGAACUAAAAACGCUGGCUGAUAUUCAGAAAUUUGCAGAAACUAAUGGAUCUACUCUGUGUAGCUAUGAACUGCAGUCAUCAGAAUAUACUACAGACCCAAGGGCUGCCAAGUUAUGUCCUAAAUAUCCUGUUCCAGAGAGUGCACCUAUUCCAUUCUUCCAUCGCUGUGCUCCUGUGAACAUUUCCUGCUAUGCCAAGUUUGCAGAGGCCCUGAUCACCUUUGUCAGUGACAGUAGUGUCUUACACAGGCUGAUUAGUGGAGUUAUGACCAGCAAAGAGAUUAUAAUGGGACUUUGCUUGUUAUCACUAGUGUUGUCCAUGAUUUUGAUGGUUAUAAUAAGGUACAUUUCAAGAGUACUUGUCUGGAUUGUAACAAUUCUUGUCAUUCUGGGAUCGCUUGGUGGUACAGGAGUCCUGUGGUGGCUCUAUGCUAAGAAACGAAUGUCUGCCAGUGCUCUCGAGACUCAAAUAGCCAAAGACAAUCUUCAGGCUCUCUUGAUCUAUGCCAUUGCAGCUACAGUCUUCACGGUUAUCUUAUUCUUGAUCAUGUUAAUAAUGCGCAAAAGAGUAGCUCUCACCAUUGCCUUGUUCCACGUGGCCGGCAAGGUCUUCAUUCACCUGCCACUGCUAGUCUUCCAGCCAUUUUGGACAUUCUUUGUGCUUAUCCUCUUCUGGGCAUACUGGAUCACAGUCCUGCUUUUCCUUGGUACUACAGGUAGUCCUGUCCCAAAUGAAGAAGGAUUUGUCGAAUUUCGGAUGGUAGGUCCUUUGAAAUACAUGUGGUGGUACCAUGCAGUAGGACUCAUCUGGAUCAGCGAGUUUAUCCUAGCCUGUCAGCAGAUGACAGUAGCAGGGGCUGUUGUGACAUACUAUUUUACAAGGGAGAAAAGAAAUCUGCCAUUUACUCCUAUUCUGGCAUCUGUUAAUCGCCUUGUUUGUUACCACCUAGGAACAGUAGCAAAGGGGUCUUUCAUUAUCACACUAGUGAAGAUACCACGAAUGAUUCUAAUGUAUAUUCAAACACAACUCAAAGGAAAAGAAAAUGCUUGUGCUCGCUGUAUGCUUAAAGCUUGCAUCUGCUGCCUUUGGUGUCUAGAAAAGUGCCUGACAUACUUAAAUCAGAAUGCAUAUACAGCCACAGCUAUCAACAGCACCAAUUUCUGCACCUCAGCAAAGGAUGCCUUUGUUAUCCUGGUGGAAAACGCUUUGCGAGUGGCUGCCAUAAACACAGUUGGAGAUUUUAUGCUGUUCCUAGGAAAGGUCCUGAUUGUCUGCAGCACAGGUUUGGCCGGCGUUAUGUUGCUGAAUUACCAACGAGAUUACACCAUCUGGGUGCUGCCACUCAUCAUUGUCUGCCUCUUUGCAUUCCUGGUUGCUCACUGCUUCCUUUCUAUUUAUGAAAUGGUUGUUGAUGUCCUUUUCUUAUGUUUUGCCAUCGAUACAAAAUACAAUGAUGGGAGUCCUGGGAGGGAAUUCUACAUGGAUAAAGUUCUCAUGGAGUUUGUGGAGAAUAGUAGGAAAUCUAUGAAAGAAGCUGGCCGGGGAGGUGGAGCUGAGAGCAGAGAGCUAAAACCAAUGGUAGGUGCAGAUGAGGAGGUGGCGAUCCUCCAAGAGUUUCACUUUUACUUCUUCUCCCUCUUUGUCUUUACUGACUGCACUUCUUCAGGAGAAGUUUUUGUUCUCUGUAUCACUCAAGAUGUUCUGCUUUUUCUGUUUGUGAGCUUGCCUAUCACCUGGAUGGCAGAGUUUUUGUCACAGCUGAGACCAUCUCCUGUAAAAGUAAGAUGAAAGGAACUGUCUCAUGAAACAAAUGCAGUAUAUUUCAUUAGGAUUCGUGAGGCAUGCUAUGUGGUGUACACAGACAGCCCCAGUUGCUGUUUAGUCUAAAAAUAAGAUGGCUCUGAAAUUCAUUGGGCUAUUCUGACUUUAAUCUCUUCUCAGCCCUGAGAUGAACAAUUUUUGCUCAUGUUACAUUCACUGCAAAAGCCUGAAGAACACUACUGAGCGCAGCCAUUGUUGCAAAGUAGGACCAGGCAUUUAAAGCCCUCACCAAAUUAUCUUACACCAUGCCAAGGAAUUGGAUACAGUGAUUCCUUUCAACCUGCUCAAAUGACAUUUCUCCCAGUUGUUUGUUUUUAUUGCGAACUACUUAUGUUGCUUGUCUCUUGUGCGCUCUUUCCAUCUCACACUGUCAGAUGCACAGACAGUGAACAAUGCAUCAUUUAUGCUUUUGCAGCCUGUUUUACUUACGGUGUGCCUGUUAGGAAGGCAUUGCAUGUCUGAGUAGCCUGGAAUAAGGAACACUGUACAUGGUACAGAUAACAGAUAGGAGGAUAAGUUUGGAAGUGGAGAACAGAGAGCGUAUAAUGGAGAGCCAGUCUGGGCAAGGUACGACUUGUCAUCGUGCAAUAUGAUUUUGUGAAAUAGAAUAUUUUUCUGCCAUUACUUUCUCAGAGCGUUUGGGGUCUGAGUCAUUUCCAUACUAUGGGGAUAAUUUUUUUAACCAAAUGGAAUCUAAAUAAGUGUAUGCUAACAGAAGAAUUUCUUUUUUUUCAACAAUGUACAUGAAGCCAUUUUGCAUGAGCACUUUUUGAACAAGCUGGAAUGGGUUCCUGCUAUAGACUGAUGUGUAGCUUUGCGUGUUUUGCUAUUUCAUUAUGGCAUACCAGUUUCUAGAUUUGCUUAUGCCUAAAUGCUGCUGUGUUUAUACAUAUGAAAAACUAAUUCUAUGCUCAUUUACUGUUUCUUCUGGGAGUAAUUCUAGCUGUUCAAACAGACACUGAUGUUGGGAUUUUCAGAGUGAUCCAAAUGCUGUAGAUGCAAAUGUGCCAUUAAAAAUGAUUGAGACUUUGGGUGUGCAAACCCUCUAGUCACAUGCACAAAAAUUUCAGUUCAAAAUUUUAUUAUGUAGUGGUUUUCCACUUAAACUGUUGUCGGUACUAUCACAGACCGGUACUUACACUUUUGUACCUGACUGCCUAAAGCUUGGAUGUGAAAAACCUUUAUUCACCCCGCCCCUUACAAAAGGGCAAAGUUACCUGCAAGUCAAGGGUGGUGUUAUUCUUGUAGGAACUUGUUUCUAGGCACUUGAGCCUGGUACUGCCUGAAAGUCCUCGUAGGACUGCUGCAGAAGAUGCUGAGCACUUGGGGCUCAGCAUGGGAGUCACCUGCUGAAUUACUCCCAGUUCUGCUGUCAUGUGAUUGUUUUGUUUGGAACUGAUUGGGCCUUGUUUUCUCAAGUGGCUUUCCAUUUUUGGGCAUUGAGCUCCAGUUGAGUGGGUUUUGAAAUACUAGGAUCUCCCUUCCUGAUGAGGAUGGGACACAGUGGUUACCUCCGUUAAAUUUCUGGUACCUUCCCCAAAGUGUCAAUAAAGGCCUCAGUUAUGUCUGGCAUAGAACCAUUCAUAAGUCUAUCCUGUAAUGGUAGUGCCCAUAGUCUCAAAAUUGCAUGUCUGAAAAUUAGAUUACUACUACUGUUUUUCCUGUUCUUUUAGAAAUAGAAUCUCUAUUGUCUUGCUUCAGUACCCUUGAAAUGCAGAUAUUUCUUAGAAUAUGACAAUUAUUUCUAAAAGUGAAACACCCUAAGUGGAGUUGUACUUAAAGUAGGUAAUAAUAGCAGAGACGAGGAAACAUUUAGGACCUUCUGUUCUUGUAUCAGGGCACAAGAAAAAAAAAAAAACAAAACACCUUUUCACACUUUUUUCUUUAUGGCUUCCAGCGACCCCUUUGACUCAGUUUCUACUUGUCCUUUGGCAUUUGUCUAAGACUGUACUGUAUGACUUUGUUUUCUAGGCCUCUGGAGCAAGUUCAUCUUGAAACUAGCCAGCCAUAUUGGAACCCAUUGACAUUCCAAAACAGUAUAUAUAUACAUAUAUAAAUAUAUAUAUAUAUAUAUAAAAAUAAACAGCCAAAAUCAGAGAAAAGGAACAGGGAUUUAAAACUUUUUUUAACAAUUAUUUUUGUGAAACAUGUACUCUUUUCAUACGGGUGGCUUUUACAAGCAGCUUUAUCAUUGUUCCAUUUCUUAAAUUAUUGAUUGUGGUCAUGGAAAUGUUGAUUCUUAUCUGCUUGGUAUUUUACAAUCUGGAGGAGGUAUCGUUGUAAAGAUAAUCUGAAAUCAUGACUGGGUUUAGAGACAGAUUUCCCAUGACAUUGCUAAUCUGCUGAGACUUUUACUUGUUUAGUUUCUUUUCAAUUUGCAUUAAAUUUGGGACAGUCACAUGUACAGAAAACCUUGAAAUCAAGAAAAGUCUUAAAUUUAGUUUUUCAGAAGGUGGUUUCAGUGAGAAUUCAUUCAGUUCAAAUUGGUUUGUAAGCAGUUAUUUUACUUUACAACCCUGGCAGGGCACAGUUUUGUUUACCAGUAUCAGACAUCACAAUAACCAACUCCUCAGGUAUUCAGGUGUGUGGGAGCCCUUGCAUCUCCUAUUAAACAGAACCUACAAAAUGGGGACAGAUAAUUUUUAUAUGCAAUCAACUUCCUGCUUUACCCUACUUGCCCCUCAUACCCGUUGCCCUCUAUCCUCCCCUUGAGUUCAGUAACCUCCUUCACACUUCAGCAGUGUUCCUUUGAAGGGUAUGGAUUCUGCAUAUGGGCAAUUGAAAUAACAGAUUGUUAAAGCUCAGUCUUAGCCAUACUCAUGAUUAAUUCAUGACUAGAUACAAAGAUGCUGAGGAGGGGAAGAGAAAUGAACUGUACUACUGUACAUUAAAAAGUACUGUAUGCUUCAUUUCAUUUAAUGCCAGAGAGCUCUGGGAGGUAGAAGGGAUCAUUCCUUGCCUGUUGUUUGAUCCACAUAUGUAUGUACUGUAGUGGGUGGCUAAAACGGGAAAGGGCAGAGAAACAUUUCUUCGGAAGUGUAGCUGCCAGGAUAGUUAUCUGAAGUUAUUAAAUAAUGACAAGAGAACAUGCUUUUUUAUUAUUAGUAGUAGUACAAAAUUUCUUUUCAGUCUGGAAGCUCGCCAGAUAUGAAUGCUAAUAUUCAAUUAUUGAACUUAUUGUAAUGGUAAAUGCUUAAGUGUAUUUGCUAAGAAUUCAUGAUCUGUCUAUGCUAUAUAUUCCUUUUGUUACAAUUUUUUUAAGAAAACUAUUUUUGUUAAUGUAAAGUUAAUAUUUCAGAGCAGAAUUUUUAAACUUAUUGCACUAAAUACAAGCUCUCUACAAAUAAAUGAUGCCUCAAUGGUACAAUCACUCCAUUCAAGAAAAUCUUUUGAAAGAGAAAAGUCUUUCUACAGAAGCUUUGUAAUGGAGUAGAGAGGUAUGUCCAGGUAGAGACAUGCACAACUCAUGUUAUCAAGGUUUAGUAAAUAAGCAGUUAUUUGUGCUUCCUGUCAGAGGAUCAGACUUCCAAAUUGCUGCUGAAGAUUUAAACAGUUAUGUAGAAUCAUGUAGCUAACUAGUGCUCUUAUCUUUUGGCAAUAGUAAAAUAUUUCACUUUUGCUUCCAGAAGGCGUUUGAUAACUUAGAUUUGGUAGGUUUUCUUUCGGUAAGCCAGUUAAAAGAAGGAUUUACACUUUUCAUAUCACAGACCCCAAACUAUGUGAGGUGUGAAAAUAAAGGUACAUGUAGAAAGGAUAGCUGCUGGGGAGGCAGAGAGACAGAAUUACUCAGUCCUGGAAGCACUUAGACACUCAUUUAAGUGAACCAUAUCAGUACCUCCACUAACAUCAGAAGGGCUCUCUAAGUAUUGAAGUUGUAACUUACACAUCUGUGUAAGUGCUAACUGGGCUAGAGCUUCAACCUAGGGAUUCAGACUGGAGCACUGGUGAGGCCUCUCAGUGCAAGUCAGAGGUCAGACUUGCCUAGAAGAAGCACUGGAGCAGUCUUACUUUUGUGGAGAGGAGACCUUCCUGCUGUACCAGUGUCUAAGACAGCAGUGGCUCUCAACACCAAUAUUUGUGUAGAUCAGGAGCGUUUAACCACGCCAGAAAUUUAAAAACUGGCUUAGAUGAAUCCUAGAAACCGGAUUCCAAGGCUAAAAGACUUAUCGAGUACCCAGUUGCUUCCAGAAAAAUUAAUUGUCUUCUCGUUUGGAGGCUAUUGGAGGUGCUUAAUCAAAGAAGCCUUGUAUUCUGCGCAUUUUGAUAAAAAAGUUCUGCCAUGACUGAUCCCACAAGUUUGUGUUCCCUGCUCACUGGAAGUCCUGAGUGGGGACUUUUCUCUGUAAUUGCAACUAGGACUGCAGUUGGAAACAAAUUUUGUAUUUUUGUAUUACUUGACUGUGCACCAUUUUUAUAGCAGUUUAUCCUGUCUUAAAAAUAAAUUUGUUUUAAUUACAUGGUGUUUAAAAGAUACAGGCAACACUUUUCUAUGGGUAGUUGUAAUGUUUAAGUGAGAAAUCUAUAUCAUUACGAAGUUCUUAAUAAAAUUGUGUGCACCACU